AUGAAAAUUCCGGAAACCGAACAGAACACUGAGGAGCUCCAGGAACCUAUUGCGAUGCGAACUAGAAGCAAUACAAAACGACAAUCUCGAUUAAAGGAGGACCAAACAACUAUCACCGCACCAUCAUCAGAAACCUGUAGAGAUUUACACGAUCAAAAACAGAUCAAUGGAAGUAAACAACCCCUACUUUCUCAUGAACCCCACGCAUUACCUAUCUUUUCUGGUCGGGAGUGUCGUGAAAGACGAAAGAUUUAA